AUGGACAGUCCCGCAUUUGCAGGCAGUGUUCAUGGACGUGAUAAUGAGCAAGAUUCGGAUGACGAUGCGGAAAUUUACAAGUAUAGAGCUCGAUUGGAGUCGACUGGUAUAGGAGCAAAUGAAUCCAAGUCACAGCCAAAUUCUGCCCACGUAGCCGUCGAAAAUGGAGAGACUGAAACAAGCACUCCAUCCGAGGAGACUAUUCAGGAAGAGCAACAACGGAACCCUUUCUAUAGCUACGCUACCGAGAAAUAUGACAGUCAUGCGGACGCAAAGUUGAUCUAUCAGAGACAUCGACUGGACACAAGGUCUGGCGAGGGCGAAAGCCCUCUGCUGCUGGCAAAGUCAGCUACCCUACCAGCAUCUUUCUUUGAUGGCGACCUCGCGGGGGUCAGCAGGACCACGAGCAUCAACUCUAGAUCAAGCAAUCGUGCAUAUGCUCGAGACCCCACGAUUUCCAAUCACCAUUCCGGACUUCAAGUGCAAACCAGGGAUGGCCAAGCUGUUCCGGACAGACGGACUUUCGAACCAGUAACUACGGCCAAUGCAAAGGCCCGAAGCCAUGCAAAUCACCCCGGUCUGCCUCACGAAUACAAAGACCCUUUGCUCGCCAACCAGGAUGUCCAUGGAGCUGGAGCAGGGAUGGGUAUCGGGUCGGGAGCUGGUGGUUUUGCCGCAACAGAAGACACCAUUGUCACCGAGGUAGAAACGAUAUGUAAAAAGAUCAAAACUUUAUUGGAUCUACGUCGGAAGUAUCUGAAGACCUCUUUGCAGUGUCCAGGUGACAACCCGAAAGAUGUGGAAGAUUGGGAGAUAUAUCCACCUCCUCCCGAACCUGUCUGGACUGAUGAAAAAGCAAGGCCUGUUGCAAGCGCUAGCAGCAACGCUCUCAGCAGCAUGUCGAAUAGUCUGUAUGCCAUGGAAUCGUCGAACAAUACAGAGCAGCAGCCGCCAGCAUCUCCAGCAAAGAAGCAACGCAAAGCAGGUCAAGCAAUUGGGGAGGACUUUGACUUCUCGGAAUGUCACAUCGCGGACGCAUCAGAGAUGACUUUUGAGCUUGAUGAGGGAAGUGUCUAUCAAGUGUACGACCCCCAAGCGAGUGAAGGUGCCACACCGAUAGUGCAUGUACCUACCCUUCGGGACUUUUACAUGGACUUGGAAAUCAUCCAUGACAUAUCCUCAGACGGUCCGGCAAAGAGCUUUGCAUAUCGGAGGCUACAAUAUCUGGAAGGAAGGUAUAAUCUGUAUUCUUUGCUGAAUGAGUACGAAGAGGUCGCUGAAACCAAGAAAGUACCCCAUCGGGACUUCUACAAUGUCCGAAAAGUUGACACUCACGUCCAUCAUUCGGCAUGUAUGAAUCAGAAACAUCUUUUGCGCUUUAUCAAGAGUAAGAUGAAGAAAUGUCCGGAAGAGGUUGUGCUGUUCAGAGAUGGGAAGACACUCACCCUAAGGGAGGUCUUCGAAAGCAUCAACUUGACUGCCUAUGAUCUGAGCAUUGAUACCUUGGAUAUGCAUGCGCAUACAGACUCUUUCCACCGCUUUGACAAGUUCAACCUCAAGUACAAUCCUAUUGGGCAAUCACGGCUGCGAGAUAUCUUCUUGAAGACUGAUAAUUUUAUCAAAGGGAAGUAUCUGGCAGACAUCACGAGAGAAGUCAUCUCCGACCUCGAGUCCAGCAAGUAUCAGAUGGUUGAAUGGCGCAUUUCAAUAUAUGGUCGAAACCUGCAGGAAUGGGAUAAACUUGCUGCUUGGGUGCUGGAUAACAAAAUAAUCUCCCCAAAUGUACGUUGGUUGAUACAGGUGCCGCGGCUGUACGACAUGUACAAGUCGAGCAAGAUGAUGGAGAAUUUCGAAACCGUCAUCAAGAACGUUUUUCAGCCGUUGUUCGAAGUCACUAAAGAUCCUACGAGUCACCCGAAGUUGCACAUCUUCUUGCACCGAGUCAUUGGCUUCGACAGUGUUGACGACGAAAGCAAGGUUGAGCGUCGACUCUACCGCAAAUAUCCCACCCCGAAAGAGUGGAAUUCGAAGCAAAAUCCUCCCUACAGUUAUUGGAUCUAUUUCUUGUUCGCCAACAUGACCUCGCUCAAUGCAUUUCGCAAACGAAGAGGCUUCAAUACCUUCCUCCUACGGCCUCACUGUGGUGAAGCAGGUGACACGGACCAUCUCGCUGCUGCUCUACUGUGCUGUCAUAGCAUCAGCCAUGGCAUCACCCUACGUAAAGUGCCGAUAUUCCAAUAUGCCUUCUAUCUGGACCAGAUAGGCAUUGCGAUGUCGCCUUUGAGCAACAAUGCAUUGUUCUUGACAUACGACCGAAAUCCAUUUGUCAGCUAUUUCCGCAAGGGCUUGAAUGUAUCAUUGUCCACAGAUGAUCCACUCCAAUUUGCUUACACCAAAGAGCCUCUGAUAGAAGAGUAUUCAGUGGCGGCACAGAUCUACAAAUUCAGCGCCGUGGAUAUGUGCGAGCUGGCGAAGCACUCCGUCGACCAGAGUGGUUUUGAGCUGUCAUUGAAACAACGUUGGCUUGGAAAAUAUUGCUACCUGCCAGGUGCUUUGGGGAAUGAUGUCGCCAAAUGCAAUGUUCCGGAUGUUCGUGAAUCUUUCCGGCAUGACACCUUGAAGGCAGAGCAUUCAUUCAUCGCCAAGUAUACAGGAGACUACUCUCACUUCCAGAAAUUUAAUCCAAGCUUACCCGAACCGAUAGACGCAGAGACGCCGAUUGAGGAAGUUUUUGGCACUCCGAAGCGAUAUUUCGAACAGGUGGCAGAUAGUAUACCACCUCCUCAGAGUAGUCGCAUUCCGGGUGUAAGAUCGAUCACUGACAUGGAUGGCUUGCGGAAACCCCCAGUUCGCAGCAGAACAACAUCUAGAGCAUCGAUAACUAUUCAUCCGGUGGCAGCAGACCCUGUCCUGACGGAGCCCAGGAUGAUUCCUGGAAUCCUCCACGAGAACGAAAGAAGAAGGAGCCGGCGGUUCAGCAGUUCUGGUGGCUCAGAGGGUGCCAGUGCUGAGACCAUAACACCUGGUCUGGCCAAAUUGGCUGUCAAGGAGCAGGGAGAAGCGGACCAAAUUGAACAAUCAGAAUAA